UUNAAAAAAAAAAAAAAAAAGAAAAUAAUGCCUUUUAAAUUUGAUAGAGAAUUUUUUAAUUUUCUAAGUAGUAAUAAUAAUGUAACGAUAAUAGUUCAAAUAGGUGACCCACCAUCACAAGAACCAGUAUCAAUUAAAUUGAAUCUUAAUUAUAAACUAUCAGAUAUUCGUAACGUGCUAGAAAAUUACAAUAUUAUGGAUAAUUCAUUAUUAUUUUCGCAGAAAAUUCCGAAGAAAAAUGAUUACAUAUUUUCCAAAAUAUUAUAUGAACAAGAAAGUAAUUUUUAUUUGAGUGAAAUAAUAGAAACUGUAGAUGAAAAAUAUAAUUUUUUAUAUUUAAUGAAUUUACUUGAUUGGCAUACUUUGAAUAAAUCACGUCAAUUGGAUUAUGGUUGUACUAUGGCUUUUGAUGGAAUUAAGAUAGCUGAAAAAAGAGCAUUUAUAAUAAAUGAUUGUGAAUUAAUUGAAAUUGGUGCUGAAGGAUAUAAAAAAGGACAACUUAAAUUUGAAAAACAAAAUGAUUGGAUGGAAAAAACGAAUUUAUUUUUUAAUGUUGAUGCCAAUAUAACUAAUUUUGUAAAAUUAGGAUUAUCUGCUGGGAAUUUGCAAAAUAAAAAUUUUAAUGAUGAAAUUAAAUCAGCUUAUAAAUAUACAGAACUUGGAAAAGUAUCAUUAAAAUUAAAUAUAGAAAAUUUAAAAUUAUCUGAUGAAUUUAAAGUUGAUAUUGAGAAUGCCAUAAAAUCCAAAGAUCCUGAAGAAUUUAGGAAAAUUACUGAAAAAUAUGGUCAAUUCAUUGCAACUAAGGUCAUUUUAGGGGGAAGAGUUUAUUUUAAAGAUAUUGAAAUGUUGACAGAAAAUUCUACGGAUAGAUCUAAAGAAGGUUCUGUAGGUAUAGGAGCUGGACCUAUAGAUCUUAGAAUAGGGAAUAAUUCCAAUGAUUCAAAAAGAGAGUCAAAUUUUUAUAACUUUAUUCAAAUGAGAUUACUUGGUGGAAAACAUCCUGUUGAUAAAGAGUUUAAUGAAAAAAUGUGGAUUGAAUCUUUAGAACAUUAUCAAAAUUGGCAUCGUAUAGAAUUACAGGAACCAGUUAGCAUUUUUCAACUGUUACCUAAUGAUUUACGUAAAAGAACCUUUGAAUCUCUUGGAAAAAAGAUUCUUUAUUCAGAAGCUAUAGAUUAUGAAUAUAUCUCAAAUGAUAGUGGUAAACCGGGAAUUGUAGAAUUAUCAAGUAUAGGCGUACCAAAAGAUAUUUCAGAUAUUCUUUUAAAUAAAGAAGCGGAAUGCAAUAUCUUUGCAACAGUCGUUGAUACAGAAGAAUCCAAGAAUGAUUUUUUUACAUGUCAAAUCCUUCUUCCACAAAAUGGAAAGCCAAGCCUCAUAGUUCAUUGUAUUCAAAGGGAUAUCAAAAAACGCAAAUACAAAUUAAAUAUCGGGAUAAUGAUUGUUGGUUAUGAUACAAAUUUUGAUUUCACUCGCUCAGAUUUUAAUGUUCAAUUGAAAGUUCUAAAUCAUAAGGUUAAUGCGUCAAGCAAUCAAAUAUUUAAUAUGGAUUUAUUAGAUUUUGGACCAUCUUAUAUUGGGAUUCCUGUGUUAAGUAAAUCAGAUUCUAAAAAUAAUUCUCUUGUCAUUGGUCAUCACUUUUAUGAACAAGAUGAAAAUAAAAUUGGGGCAUGUACAUUCUCUUAUUGCUUAAAAAACCGACAUUAUGUCAAUUUACCAGAAUUUACUAUUUAUACACUUAUCGUUCCGCAUGAUAAAAAUCAUAAGUAUGGGACAUUACCUCUUAAACGUAAUAUAUGGAAUAGAUCCACUAAAUCUUUCCAACCUCUCCAACCAAAGUAUAUUAGUUUGUAUUCUAAAGAGGGACGUGGUCCAAUUUUUCCAAAGCAAAAAAACGAUCAAAUUAAAAUUAAAUACCUUAAGUGUUGUAAUAAAGAUUGUUCAAUUUGCAAGAAUAAGAAAUUAUCAGUAAAGAAUAUAGAAUGUAAAUUUUUUUAUCCGUGUAUCAGUCUCGAUAAACUGGAUUCGCCCGUUCCAUUAGAAUAACACAAAUCGAAAAUAAAUUUAUUAUUGUCGAAGGUUCAAGUUUAUUGAAAAUUGAGGUUGUAAUCCAAACUCCGAUAUAUCGAAGGAUUGGAAAUUGAGGUUGCCUGUGUAUAUGUUUGAACGUUUUCCGUGUUAAGAAUAAUAGGUGUAUUAGCAA